CGGCGAGGCAGAGAUCCUGCUACUGCAGGUUCUCGCGAGAAGAUGGUCUCGCUGGCUAUUUGGGUGUCUUCUCGCGAGGCUUGGGCUGUGCUGAGGCGGAGUGUCGCCGUCGCCAUGGAGCAGCCGCUGAACGGUCCUCCGGGGCUGUCUACCAUCCUAGCGAAGACGGACUGGGCCGAGCCCUGGCUGCUGGGGCUGGCGGGUUUCCACGUCCUGUGUUUUCUCCUGACCUGCUUCUCUUUUCAGCACUACCGGGUGCAAAUAGGGCACUUUCUGUGCAUGGUGUGUUUAGUAUACUGUGCUGAAUAUAUAAAUGAAUUAGCAGCCAUGAACUGGAGGCUGUUUUCUAAAUAUCAGUACUUCGAUUCAAGAGGAAUGUUUAUUUCACUUGUAUUUUCAGCACCUCUACUGGUGAAUACUAUCAUAAUUGUGGUCAACUGGGUUUACAGAACUUUAAAUGUAAUGACUGAACUGAAGACACUACAGCAGAGAAUUAAAGCAGGAAAAGAUAAGAAGAAGUGAAAGUGUCCAAUACUUUUCCAUUUUUAAUUUUCAUAAUACUUGUCCAGAUAAUCAGUCCUUCUGCAUGUUUAUCCAGAAGCAGCAAUUUUUUGUCUGAUAUCUGGGACUUUGCAACUUAUGGCUAUGGACAGUGAGGAAAAAAGUACCCAUAGUACAUCUGAUCUUCUUAAAUUGAGAAAACUAGGCUCACCAGGUCUUUGUAUACUUCAGUGUGAGCUAAUUUUUCACCAUGACCAAGUCUGCUAAUAGCAUUGAGAAAGAACCUUCCAGUUUCCAUUUGCCUGUAUCUU